AUGCAUUCACUCUCCGGCUUCCUGCAUCGGAAAGAUCAGCCUAGGCUUAUGACCAGGUCCCGAAGCGGACACUGGAUGACCACCACUACGUCAGCGAGGCCGCACGCGUGGCUCCGGACCGUCACUGACUGGUUCGCGGGCUGCUGGGGCACCGCCUGUGGCUGCAGGAGCAGCAGCAGGAACAAGGCCGUGGCUGCGGGGGAGCGCCGCCACGAGGACGAGGAGCACGAGCCGCUGCUCGAGUGUCAGAGGAUCGAGGGCGCCCGAGACACCAAGGGGGAGUGCUCCAGGCACAAGCGGUCCUCUGGCGCCUCGUGGUGCGACUCCGAGAUGGAGGGCUACGUGCCCAGCCGGGCUGCCUUGUCUACGGACCAACAGUACGAGCACUAG